AUGAGUUCAUCGGCAGCAACUGAUAAAACCGUGACAGCAGCUGACAUUGCUGAUGCCAAAAUCGCUGGUAAGGAAACUCCAGCAAGCGACCCACACAAGAAAGCGGAUGCUGAAAAUCAAGGCCAACUUUCAGGUGAUCAAUCAACUAUUCGGGAAACGCCUGUUGCUCCAGUGGGUGCAACGACUAAAUCAGCGAAAUGA